GUAAUUUUGCAUAAUUUCAGUUAAAUUUUACAUAUUCUAUAGUAUGAUAAGUUUGUACGUGCGAUAAGAUAUCGUGUUUAUUAAAAUAUUCGCUAAAAUGUCAUGGCAGUUCGCCCGGAGCUAGCCCACUUUGCAUGAUGUUAUGGUUUUGGUUUUUGAACGAUUCCGUGUUGACCGGCAGUGGUGCUUGAAUGAGAAAGUUGCACAUUUUUGGUGUAAUUUGCAAGCCGUACAGUAUAGUUACACGGUGCUUAAAACAAACUCUUGCGAUGAUGGAUAAAACGUUCGAGUUGAACACGGGGCACAACAUUCCACUGAUUGGUUUUGGCACUUUCCAAAUCCACGGUCAGGAGCUAAUUUACCAAGUGCUGGAUUAUGCUCUCGGCGCCGGUUAUCGACACAUUGAUACUGCGGUCGUUUAUCGCAACGAGGAAUACAUUGGCAGUGCGCUGAAAACGUUGCUACCGAAGUACAAUCUGAAGCGUGAAGACAUCUUCAUCACCUCGAAGCUGAUUUCUCAAGCGGGAAAGGAUGAAGGAUUUGUAGAACAAAUGGUUCGACGGUCGCUUGCCAACUUGCAAACCGAUUAUCUCGACUUGUACCUUAUCCACUGGCCCGGUGUAAGUGGUAUGCAAGUGACCCAUCCGGAUAAUGUAAAGUAUCGGAAGGAAACUUGGAAAGCGUUGUGCAAGAUGCAGAAAGGCGGAUAUCUCAGAUCGAUCGGUGUAUCAAACUACACCGUGAAGCAUUUGAAGGAAAUGAUGGCAUAUUGCAAUGGGGUCAUCCCUUCGGUUAACCAGGUUGAGUGGCACCCGUAUUACUAUCAAUCGGAAUUACUUGAAUUUUGCCGCAAAGAGCGAAUCUUUCUGCAAGCAUAUUCUUCCCUCGGAUCAUCCAACACGAGCGAGCUGCGAAACGACGAAACGGUGAAAGCUGUGGCAAGCGGUCUUCAAAAAACACCCGCCCAAGUGCUGUUGCGUUGGGCGGUACAGCAGAAUAUCGGCAUUCUGCCGAAAGCACGUUCCCGCGAGCAUAUUGAGGAAAAUCUAGCACUGGAGUUUGAAAUUCCAGCAAAGGAGAUGAAACAAUUGAACGAGCUGCAAAACAACGUUGGUCAUAAGUUUGCUUGGAAUCCGGAGACGGUCGUAUAGAAGUUAAAAUCGC